AGUGACGACUGUUCAGCCCAGUUCCCUAGCUGUCCCUCCCCUCCGUGAUGUACUUUGGUGUACGUGUGUCUGCUAAUCUUCGGUGCCAUUGUGCUAUUUGAUGUGUAAGACAAUAGAAUGCAUACUGGCUUUUGUGGUAUGGUUAGGCCUAACUGUAUGUAAUGCUAUGGGUAAUCUUUGUAAAAGUGUUAGUGGUUUUGAUGCGUUUAUUUGGACCAGAGUAAUUCUAUCUUUGCCGUAAGAUUCAUCAAGUAAACAGCACGGCGUAAGACAAGAGAAUGGAUACUGACAACCAGUUCGUAAUGAAAGGAGAUAGUAUAAGUUGUACAUAACAUAACAUCGCGAAUUAUUCUGGGUUGAGAAUCAAAUGGGGUAGUAUAUAAUGCGACAUCGCAAUCUGUUCACGGUAACGUCACUGCUAGAAAAAGUAAGAAAUAUAGAAUAUAAAUCUGUUUAUGAUAACCCAGGAAAAGGAAGAUGUGAACAGCAUAUCAUCAAUUAUUCUAAUACCAAAAGCAUAUCGAUAAAAUAGGAAUGAAAUAGCUGAUCAGAGCAGAAUUCUAAACACGUCAUCACCUGUUACCAAACAAAGAACAGAAUGGAACACUUAAUCAGUAAGAGAUGACCGGAUAGAGACCCUUAAGAGUAGUUAAUCAUAAUGAAAGUGGGAAUUAGCGAAGAAGCUUUUUAAAUUGGUAAAUUACCUUCGUCUGAGCAAAACUAAACCACAAUUACGAAGGGGCAGUAAUUAAGAGUCAUGAGUAAGGGGCAGUGAGUUAGAGAUCAUCAAAAAGGAACUUCAAGUACGAGUUUAUCAGCGAGCGUGCCGCAGCGAGCUCUCCGCGGAAGGCGUGCACCGUUACCGAGGUCCAUCCCGCCCCGCACACACCGCUGCCUCACCGCUAUUCGCUCCUCGUCAGGCGUCGUCAGUCUGUGUGUGUUGGCUGUGGGCGGCGCUGCUGACGCCCUCUCUCCCAGCGAAGACUCCGCGCUACUUUGAAAUCGCCUGUCGCCAUUGCUAAGUGUCAGUCAUGCGAGAAGUAUAUUUGAAUUCCACACUGGAGUUUCAUGGCAGAUCAUCGAGCUGUUCGAAGCAAAGCAGCUUUUCCUAUUUCGGCUUCUUGAACAUGAUGCUCAUCAUGCUUGAGGUGGCGAUAAACAUAAUCAAUCUAAACAACAACAACGAUGACAACAAUAACAAUAAUAACAAUAACAACAAUAAUAAUAACAAUGUCAACGGAAGAAACAUACGAGGAUUGCAUGGACCACAGGAGGAACUUCGUGCAUUUCAGACGUUGGCAAAAAGCGUCCGAAAAUACGACGAAACACCCCCUACCGACGAAGCGACAGAUGAUGCAGUCGAAGGCGAAGGUGCAGAAGCAAGCCGCGCAACGAAGAGCGAAGGGAGGCGUUCCCGUAGGCAGCGAGGAGUCCAAAAGCGGUCAUUACCUAGAAUGAAGGCAGCGCCACAUCACGGGUGUCUGUGCUCAACGCAUGGCGAGGAAAAAGACCCAGACACCGAGGACUUUCCAAAGGAUCUUCUUCUGGAGGAUCACGACCCUUGGAGUCUCCUGCCGACCAUAGACGGAGGGCGGACGGGAGCGGAGGGGCGCCUCGGUGUUGGCGCGUCGGUAAAUGCUAUGGCCGGAUGGAUAGGCCGGUUAAUGACGUCACAACACUGCCUCGCUUGGCUUCAGUGCGAAAUCCGCGGCCUCAUUGGAGCGUAUCUCAGCCAAAGUGACGGUGAUGAUGAUGAUGAUGGUAACGACGAAAAGGUCCUCAAAACAUGCAUACAAAGGCACCCUAAAUGUCCCUUGCUCAUGCCUUUACACAGCGAUGGAUCCCAGGGUGUCUUGAAAAUAAAUAAGAAUGAAGUAUAAUUCAUGAUUAACUAAAAAAAAA